AUGAAGUUUACGUCCUCUAUCUUGCUAGCGUGUGUUUCCACUUUCGGGACCGUGCACGCGCUGUACUCGAACAAGACCACGACCCUGGCGCCAAUGGGCGGCAACCAGGAGUACCUCGUGCCCAACAGCGUGUCCACGGUCGUCAACGACGACGACACGACGUCGACGAUCACGCUUUUCCGCACGAUCACGCUUGACCUGCCUUUGACCAGCGCGAGCUCCAGCGCGAGCUCGAGCGCGACGCCCUACAGCAGCUACUCCGGCUCUGCGUCUUCGUCUGCGUCUGCGCCUGCGUCUUCGCCUGCGUCUCCGUCCGCGUCUCCGUCCAGCACCACUGCCAACUGCACCUCGUCGACCGAGCAGACCUUCUCCACCUCCAGCACCCAGCUGUACACGACCUGGACCUUGACCGGCAGCGCCGGUCCUCUCGUUACUUCGAGCGCCUACGACAAGUACGUGGUCUACGCAUCCGCAGCCUGCACCGAAAAGACCGUCACUGUCACUGAGUACGCUGCCACGAAGUACGUGACCGUCGCCGCCAGCGCCAUGCCAUCGCUUGCCCCACUAAGUGGCUACUACUCGAACUCGACCGCCACCCAUUAA